AUGGCGUCAGCUGAGCCGCAGGAGCACGAUGGUCGCGACCUUGCCGAGGGGCUGCGGUUCCGAAGCCCUCUGUUCAACCGCCUUAUGGAGUAUUUAAUAGGUGUGGACACUUACCGCCAGCGGCGUGCGAGUAGGAGGCCUAACGACGCCGAGUUGGUGAUGGACUUCGUUGUCCUACACCCGAUGAAGGCCCUCACCUUCCUCAAGGGCUCCCUCAUCUGCGGCGUCCUUAUGAACAUGCUCCUGUACUUCCCCGACGAAGCAGGGUUGGGACUAGUUGAGACCAACAGCGAAGUUGGCGAUGCGACCGUGUGGUGGUGGCUGAAGUUCAACAAGGUGCUGCAGCUGGCGCAGAUCCCCUGCAGGGCAUUGAUGCUGUACCUUAUGUCCCGUAUAUGGGGGCGUAGCAAUCAGGAGAUUAUGUACUGCAUGUCCGUUCUUACAAGCUCGCGGUUGUGGAACUGGGGCAGGCGGAUGAGCAAUCUCACCUACGCCUCGUACGCCCUUGCUUUUCUUGCAUCCAGACACCCCGGCGUGCAAAACCAUGCGUUAUUGAACGGCAUAAUGGUAUACGUCUUCUCCAUCAUUACGAUGCGCGUGGCGUUCACCUUCGCAAUCUUCUACCACUGCUUCCCCCCCACCCCAACCAGGAACACACGCAAGCCUGCCAGCAAGGCGGAAGUUGAUAAGCUGCCCGUCAUUCUCUACCGGGAUAUGAAGGAGGACAACGCGACCGUCUGCAGGAUCUGCCUGGAGGACCUCCAGCCUGAGGACCGGUUGCGUAUGCUCCGCUGUAAGCACAGUUACCAUGUCGGCUGCAUAGAUGCGUGGCUGGCGCACAGCAACAAAUGUCCGUGGUGCAUGUCCACCGUAAACUGA